UAUGUCUAUAAACGGUACACUGUAAUACUGCUAAUUUUAGGCCUUUCUCUCUAGUCCAUUCGUUUGAUUUUCCUUACCUAAUCACUCUUGUUUAUCUGUAACUUUCCUUGCUCGUUCCGCAUUUUUCUAUCACGUGUAUUAGGAUAAUCUUUGUAUUAUUAUGAGUAAAUUCAUACUUACGUCAAUUAUCCGCAUGUUAAGUAGAUCGCCAUAGCAACCCAUUAUUUUAGGAUAUCGCGCUACCCUACCCCGCUCGUUACUAAGUAAAUUACUUCCUUUCACCGUUUCAUUUACGUAUGUCUAUUGCUUUUAGUUCAGUAUUUAUAGGAGCCCCGUACCUCAUCUUGGGCAGUAAGAAUUAUGGAAAAGUAGCAGCAAGAGAAAGCAGUUUAGGCAUGCACCAUUUUAGGAGCAAGAUGCUUGUGAAAGAUCUUGUCGCCUUCGUUUUGCUCAUAGUCGUUUUGAGAUAUUUAUAGGAGAUAUAUCAGUUUUAAGAGACCUCUGGGAUAGUUCUUGAGAAAGAUUAUGCCCAUGUCACGCGUUAAUUAUUAUGCCGUUGUUAGCAUGCAAGCUAUGUAGCUGCCGGGACGAUUUUAUCGAAGAAAAAGAAGGAAAGAUUUAACCGAUUUACGUCGCAUCAAGACGACAUUAAGAACAAAAUCGGCGAGGCCAUUGUUGAAGAAAGCUCUGAAGAAAAACUGCUAGGGGUGAUAAUAGAUAAAAAUCUUAAUUUCAAAAGUCACGUCUCAAAUUUAUGCAAAAGAGCCAGCCAAAAACUGCAUGCUCUUGCUAGAGUUUCGCCAUUUAUGGGUUCUGAUAAACUGCGUCUCCUAAUGAACAGCUACAUAAAAGCUCAGUUUAGCUACUGCCCCCUAAUUUGGAUGUUCCACGACAGAUAUCUGAAUGCUAAAGUGAAUAAAAGCCAUGAAAGAGCACUCAGAAUUGUUUAUAAAGACAGUCAUGCUGACUACGAAGCAUUGCUGACAUUGGAUAAUGCAGUAUCGAUUCAUCAAUGCAAUCUACAGUAUAGACAGGGAAUUUUGCAUAACAUUCUAGCAAACUGGGCAACCGACGUUUUUAAAGUUUAAAUCAUAAGAAUAAAGGCCACUGAUCACUUUAAGCCCUGGGAACAUUCUGGCAAAUGACCGGAAGUUGUGUUUCCGGGAGCAUGAAAAAUGCACGGUCAGCAAAAUUUCAACUUUCGAAUUUUUCAAAUCUGAUGAUGCUAUCGGAAAAAACAUGCAAAACUGAGCAAAAGAUUUAAAAAGAGCAAUGUGAUCUGACCUAUAAGUAAAAAGUUAUGGCUUUGGAAACUUUUCGUUUUCGUCAAACAACUUGCUUUCUCGAGUUUCCUGAUAGUGCAGACGCAUAGCAGUAGAACUGUGCAUGUUAUGAUAACAGUAUGAAGUUUGGUACAAGUACACAAUCCGAUAUGCUGAAUAAGAUGAAGUUCAUAUCAAGCUUCAAAAAACCCCCAAAAGCUAUUUUUGGACUGGGGUACUGGUACCCAGUCCUCUUUCUGGUAUAGCACUACAACCUUCUUAACAUUGCAAGUUAUAAAGCUGAAACUUUUUUCUGGCGUUAUUUGACGUGCUGGAUAAAAUUGGAUGCAAAAAAGCUUUAAAAAUUUCACAAAAGCAAUUUUUAAACUAUGGUUCUUGUGCCCGUGGCUCAAAAUUGCAUGUAGUUAUGUUUGAUAACUGGUAAAUUCCUCGCGUGUAUAUAGAUAAAAGUAGGGGCAGCCCCAGCAAUUAAACAGAGGCUGGAAUAAGUAAUAGCUGAAGAUCUGGCAGGUGUACUUAGCCAUUUAUUAAAAAGUUUUUGCUUCUAAAUAAGUUAGUACCACCCCACAGAAAGCUAGAGUGUGACAGCGAUGACUGUGACAAUAUAAACUCAUGUCACUGGUAACGUGUAUCGUUUUGGAAACAAAAUCAAACGUUUUUCUGUUUAUAUCCCCAAAACUUCACAUCAAGGUUCUUUUGGUGUGCAGUACAUAGUUUCCCAGCCUGGGAUUCAACUUACUUAGGCUCAGCUGUAUAGAUGUAACUCCCUUGUUAGACUUAGGCAGACCACAAGGCUUCUUCUCUGUAGUGCUAGCAUCGAUCCUCUGCUUACACCGAAUUCAAGAACAAACAAUUCAGGCAGAAUAGACAUUUUAUCUUAAUGGACAGAGUCUACCUUUCCAGGAAAAAAGCACUAGAGAAUUGUAAAUUUUUUAAAACAUUCGCGUGAAGAUUCUUACAUUUCUUGUGAUGUAAAUCUUACGUCACUGUUCAUUCUUGACCAUUCUUCAAAGUACAGUAUUGAGAUCAAGUCUCAAACAAAUUUUUCAAUCUCAGAUCAAUUGAAACAUAUAAAGCAAUUUCUGUUAACUAUUUUUAUCAAAAUUCCAAAAAUCUGAUCCUGUUUUAUUUUCUGACAAACAAGCCGACCUAGCCAAAAUGGACCGAUCCGCUUUGGAAAAUUUUAAAUCAUGGCAACAUUCGUUUUGUGUUAUAGGCCUUGAAUGCGGGACCUUCCAAUGAAUUGACCAGAUAAUUUAGCUUGUGAACUGCUGAUAAACUUUUUCUUUUGUCCACGGAACACUUGAAAGCUUGCCAAAACGACUGAAACUUUGUCACAUCCCCAUUAAAUCGCGGAAGAUUAAUUUUAGGCAAUUUUAUUCCAUUUAUCAGGCUCUGCUAGAUGAACCGGCACUGAUGGUAAAUCCUGUGUUAUUUACUUCUGCUGCUCAAACUCGAAUUGGAAGUGAGUUUGUAACUUGACUUGGGCUUGCGGCUUGGGCUCCGCGUCCUAAAACUUGACCUUUUCCCGAAACUCUUCUAAGAUUUCAUCGAUUUUUUGUGUAAUGUCAGUAAUCUCGUCUAUUUCAAAAUCUAUUUCCUCCGGUGGGCAUUUCUGUAAUAUUUCUUCGUUUAAAUUUGAAACAUAAUUUUGCUUAUCUCAACAUCUUUCUUUACGAGACUUUGUAAUUGCUCUCAAGGCCCCACGUUGGGCGCCAUUUGUUGUGUACAACUAGGUUGCACACGCAGAUUCCUGAAGCAUUGAGAACAAAUUCCAUUUCUUUAAUCAAAUAUAUACAAAACAAAUCUAUUUAACAAAUUACAUGACUGAUCUCGAUGAUGUUCACACUACAACUACCAAAAUUCUAUAAUAAAAGACCGCGUGUCUGAUUUCACACCUACAGCGAGGACUGGGCACGAGCCAAUCCACGUGAUGUUAACAAAAGGGGUGUAAAAUUUGCUGCUGAUAUUUAUUUGUAAAACUUCUGACACCAUUCGUUGUUUGAGCGAUUGACCGAGCGAAUAAACGACACGUUUUGACACACAAAAUCAAUUCCUUUUAUUCCAUCCAAAGCUAAGACGUUCUUUUACACAAUAUCGAAACUUCGAAACCCGUAACAGUGCCUUUCACAAUCACUGUUACGCCAUUAAAUUAUAUAUAUAUAUAUAUGAAACGAAACCUCGAGUGCUUUCACAAGCCACUCGGGUUGAAUGCCAUCAGCCCUUUCUUAGCCUUUCAAUCCAUAACCGUUCUUUGUGUGUGUGCAAGUGAGUGUCUACAUGUUUGAUAGCAGUGGCCUUUCGCAAGCACCACGCUUCCCUCUAACUAACCCUGUUUCUCCUUACUCUACUUUAUAUAACAGCAUUACAAUAUAGCAAACUAACAUCAAUAAUUGCCGGUGUUAUUGUCGGUAUCUAUCGUGCAAUACGUAAAUGAACUAGUAGGAGGUGUUAGAUAUAUUAAGAUACGCGGGGGAACUUUGUAGGGUAAGAGGGCAUGUAAAAUAUUACUAUACCGCAAAACAUUAAAACUAACACGCGACAAACUAAUAUAUCCCAAUCAAAGAAAAGCAUGAACAAAUAUAAGCAUAAACGCCCGUGUUUGCAGCUCAUAACCCUUAGUACUGCUUGAUGCGUUUACCAAGGCUCUGGGCGCACUGGUUUCUGUUAAGAGAUCAUACCAUGUGCUUUUCUAAAUAAGGUCAACUAACUGAGUUUUCGGUGCAACAAACAAAAAAUAACCAAUUAAAUACUAGAACAAGAUAUAGGUUGACCAAUGAUACAGCCACAAGGCAAAUGUAUGUGAGUCAGUUCAUGCGCCUCAUUACCAAAGUGAGGUUUUCGGCGCCUCAUUACCAAAGUGAGGUUUUUGGCGCCUCAUUACCAAAGUGAGGUUUUUGAGUCAAUACCACGAAAACAAAAUACCAAAACGGUAACUCAUACGUGAUUAACAUGACCACUUAAAUACAUAAAAUUAAUUGUUAGGCAUGGCAGGAAAUUGGAAAUCCCCAACAGUUUCUGACAAAAACUAAUUUUCUUUGUCAAAGUGUAAAAUCGAAAAUAUUUUUUCAAGCUUGACAAAGAUAAUCCUGUUUAAUGAUUGUUCCAGGUUUCCAAAUAAAAGCCGUUAGCAAAUGAGGGUAAUAGGGUAAUAUUUUACCAUCACAAUCAUAAGACUGAAGGUAGCGUUGUCUCAUCAUUUGGACCCUUUUGGGCUGUCGGUGCGCCAAUCGAAAAGACGGCCAGAAAUAAAACCCUUACCGUUUUUGAGGGGGUUGAGAAGAAGAAACAAUGACCUUCUUCAACCGACUAGCAACAUCUUUUUCAUGCAAAAGUCACAAAGAAAAGAAAGAGCCUUUGCUCUCCACAGUCCAGCUUCAGGUUGUCUUGAAACGUGUGAGAAUGAAACUAUGCCAAAACAAAGUUUAUAUACCCAAAAACAAUGCACACUUGCACCCUUGUUACUUUGGGCGUAUGAAAGAGACAAUGUAAUGCCUACUCGAACACUACUACAAUAAAUACAAACUGUGCCAAAUCUGUGCCACCUGUGCCAAAAUCCACAAUUGCUAUGAGUUGAUUUCUAAACCAUGUCAGACCACAAAAACAUCCCACGUCACGUCAACUCAUAGAGAAAACCCAAUGCUUUCACUGUGGUUUCAGAAAACAAUUAGUUUUGAAUGGAUUUAGGUAUAUCAAAAGGCAUAUGAUAAAAGUGAGUUAGGAAUUUACACUGCAGAUAGACGUGUUCCGUUGUCAUGUCGAAGACGACCAAGCCAAAAUGGACCGUUUCGAUCUUGACAUGCAGCUCGAAGCGAUCGGCUUUGGAAAGUUUCAUAUCAUGGCAAUAUUCGUCAUGGGCUAUAGACUUUUCUGCUAUGGAUCUACGAAUAGCUUUCUCGCAAUACUUGAACCGUACCUCCGUAAACACUGGCAUCUGAGUUACUUAACUGCAACAUGGAUUGUCCUUCCUGAAGUAUUAUUAAACAUACCUGGAUCGAUCUUGCUUGGCAGAUUAGCAGACAUAUAUGGCAGAAGAAAGAUUUUGAUUCUGGUCCUUAUAUUGAAUUCUUACUUCUCUGCACUCUACUCGUUCUCUACGAACUUAUAUCUCAUGGUCAUAAUUCGAGGAUUUAUUGGUCUUGUAUCUUCAAGUAACGUGAUAGCAUAUACUUACCUACUAGAAAUUUUGCCACUUUCAAAGCGAAAAUACACCUCAGCGUUGCUUAUUAUAUUUUUUGCUGGAAAUGCCUAUGGAAUUUUUGCUGGUAAAGGCUCGCUAGAACACUUGACAUGGCGUUGGCUCGUCAUACUCACCGAGGCAAUACCCCUUGCACUGGGGGCAUGUUUGAUGUGUUUAGUUCCCGAAUCGCCAAGAUACUUAUUGGCAUCUGGCAGGACUGACGAUGCAGAGGAUUCGCUGCAAAGGAUCGCCAAAAUUAAUGGCUUGAAGGAAGGAUAUAAAUCUUUGUUGGCACAAAGCUCUGACGGGCAUGGCAAAGUUAAACAGCGCAGUGAUGACAAAACCGCGUAUCAAGAGCAGUUAUCUCGGACUGAGAUUGUGAAAAGAAUCAUUUUGGUUUGUUACAUGCAGUUUUUAGGAUUUCUAUAUGCAGCAUUGAUGCGUUUUGGAGCGAUGCAGUUCGGUAAGAACUCGGAUCUGAGCCAAGAAGGAUCAUGUUCAGUGAGCUUUACCUACAAAUAUCGUUGGGCUUUGGAGAUUUCCGUCAUGCUUGCUGCUUUUGCAUCUAAUUGGCUUCUAGGGAACUUCACAAGACGGCACUCGUUUUACCUUCUGAUUACAUUCCUAUGUUUGUGUUUGUUACCGUUGUAUUGGGAUAUUAGUGGCUGGCUUCUGAUGAUGACUAUGGCCCUAACGGGCUUGGGAUUUGCAGCUUUCAACAAUCUUGUCUAUGUUUGCCGAGCAGAACUCCUUCCAACAUCGACCAGAUCCUUCGGCUGUGGCAUUUCUGAAGCGGCUGGCCAAGCAGGGGCUUGCUUAGGACAGUUCAUAGCGCUUUAUGUUUAUCAAGUUAGCAUUUAUCUGUCCUUCGGAAUUUUGCAUGGCUUUUCUGUGAUAGGUAUCUUUGUCCUGCUUACUUUAUUCAAAGAAACCAAAGAUACGCAACUGAAAUAGGCUUCUACAGUGAGACAUCAUAAAAGUCAUCUUUUUUUAGGCCCAAUAGCCAAAAGAAGUACGAGAUACCUGUAAACAAUAUGAUGGUGAAAAGCUCAUUCUUAUGAAGCCAGGUCUCUGUCCAUUUCUAACAAAUUUAGCAAAUUUUGCACAAUUAGUUGCAUGCCAUGAUGCUUCUCUCAAGUGAUGUGACCAAAUUCCAAAAUUCUAAUAGAAGGUUUUUGUGACGUCAUCACUGUUUAACUCUUAAAGUUUAUUAUGGUAAACUACUAUGUGCUUUUUGAGCCCAGAUAUAUUAACAACCCUAGAUUUAGUUUUGAUACAGUUUUGAACAUAAGCUUGGAGAUUUGUUUGGGAACUUUUGACUGCAAAAUUGUUCCAGUUUACUCUGUCAGAAACCAUGUUCAGAUCGGUUAGAAUUGUUCUACCCAUUAUUUUGUCAUAAAAAUAAAUGUCACGAGGCUUGAAACCCCUCAUGUGGACUUGACUUAUUGUCCGUUGUCAGAUUCUGAAAGGUCAAGUUAAAAGAAAUUGGAAGUAGUUUUUAAAAGGGUGAUAGGUGAGAAAGUUUUUUCGUUGAUGUUGCUUUCGUCAAAUUUGAUAAUUUUUUUGGAGCUGUCAAAGGUUUGUACAAAAAGGUGGAGUUAUUUUUCAAAAGACGUGGUAAUUUCAUGCUACGCCCAUUUUUAUAUUGUUGUGAAUAGGUGUUGCUUUGCUUGGGUAUUGAAUAUUUGAAUAAGUAAGUAUAUUUAUCGAAUUCAUUUUUACGCACAAUUUAUUUAUAUUUUCGUGUCUCAUCAGCUGAUCUUUGUAUUAAAUUCAAAAUUUUCAAGCUUUUUCCUUAUCAGUGACUACAUUCAAUAUAUGCGAUUCUCUAUCAUUCUCGGCACCAAUAGACAGACAUUCCCUUCUAAAAAUUUUAUUUUUCAUCACAUUGGAUUUUCGUCUUCGUAUUGCUUUGUUCCUGGCUCUCUUUCAUUCCCUUUAAACCCGUCGCAACCAAUUGGUGUAGGGGGAUGUCACACAAUCCCCCCCCCCCCCUCUACCCAACCUCAAUACUGUUCAUCGGAAGAAAUGUUUUAGGUGAUUUGUAGACCUUCACAUCUUAAAAUCAGUAAAGAAACAUGCAAUGGUAGUUUUCUUGUUGACAUUAAGUCCAAGCAAACAGGUAAGAGUGUGUCUUGUGUCCCUACAUUUUUUCGGAAGAAGCGUCAACUGCAAUUCAGAUUGAGCUCCAGUUUUUCUUCAUGCUAAAGAUGAAAUGAGGGGUCAAUUGACAACUAGUGCGGCUGGUUACCUGGCUUUUGAUGAAGCGCGACCAUGGCAAAAUUGUAUGCGUUGAUUUUAUCUGCACAAGAAACUUCAAUGCGAUUAGGAGAAUGAAGAGCUACCUUCGCACCUCCAGUUGUUGGUUAGUGUAAAAAAUCGCGUUUGAUAGUAUUGAACUCACCAAGAUAACAAACAAGUUUCGCGAGAAAUCAUUACACAGUUUCCAUCCUUCUCGAUUCCAUCCAAAGGGAACAAAGGGUAAAACGGAACAAAGAAAAAACAUUGAUCGGUUGCGCAGCACUUAGAGGGAAACAAAC